AUGGACAGCGCAAAGAAAAAGACAAACGGCGUCCAUGCGAAUGCUACCCACGAUGAGUCCCACGUCCUACACAACUCACUCAAUUCGAAACCCCCCACGGUCGCGUCUGCCACGGGUUCUUACAUGACAAUGUCGACGGGCCAGCGCGUGCUAGAUGCCUGCACGGGUGCCGCUGUUGCUAUUAUUGGUCACAAUGAUCCCGACGUGAAGGCCGCCGUUAUGGAGCAAAUGUCCAAAGUCUGCUACACGCACACAGUUGCUUUUACCACAGUUGCUGCAGAGGAGUUGGCUGACGAUAUCCUUGGUGGAAACCCCUACGGACUAAGCCGUGCAUUUUUUGUCUGCUCAGGCAGCGAGGCAAUGGAUUCGGCUCUCAAGCUCGCCCGUCAGUACUAUGUUGAGAUUGGUCAACCUGGCCGAACUCAUAUCGUGGCUAGAGAGCGAGCGUAUCAUGGCAAUACAGUUGCGGCCAUGAGUGUUGGGAGCCAUGUUUCCAGAAGGGCCCCGUUCGAGAAGGCCUUGAUGCUCGAAAAUGUGAGCUUCGUGAGUCCAACAUACGCCUACCGGCAUCAGCACCCCAAUGAGUCCGAAGAAGGGUAUGCCUCAAGGCUAGUUCUGGAGCUAGAUGAGCAUUUUCAGGCUCAUGGUCCAGAAAACGUCAUGGCCUUCGUCUCCGAGCCCGUCGGCGGUGCAACAGCUGGAUGCCUCACGGCGCCCAAAGGGUACUAUCAAGGCGUCCGUCGUCUAUGUGACCAGUAUGGCAUUUUACUCAUCUUUGACGAAGUGAUGUGCGGCAGCGGAAGAACGGGCACAUAUUUUGCCUUUGAACAAGAGGGUGAGGGUGUGUACCCCGACCUCAUUACCAUGGGCAAGGGACUUGGCGGAGGCUUCGCCCCAAUGGGUGCAGUUCUUGUUCAUGACAAAAUCAUCAAAGGCUUCCAAAAGGGAAGCGCUUGGUUCGUGCAUUCCCAUACCUAUCAAGCCCAUGGAGUAGGUUGCGCUGCCGCUCUCGCCGUUCAAAAGGUGCUUCGCCGGGACCGUCUUAUAGAGCGGAGUGCGACCAAGGGCAAUUGGCUCCGAGGCGCACUCGUGCGUACAUUCGGUGAUCGCAAGUACGUCGGUGAGAUUCGCGGCAAGGGAUUGUUCUGGGGCAUCGAGUUUGUGAAGGACAAAGCGACCAAAGAGCCGUUUGAGCCUAGCCUCCGCUUUACUUGGCGCAUAGUAGAUGAGGCACUACGACGGGGACUCUCUGUCUACCCAGGAGCCGGGACCGCCGACGGAUUCAAAGGUGACCACAUCAUUAUCGCUCCAGCAUACAACAUGUCGGACGACGAGUUUGAUGAAAUGCUACGUUUGCUGAAGGAUACAUACGAAGUCGUCGAGAUGGAAGUAAUAGCUCUUGUUGAUGCCGUAUAA